CGUGGAAUUUCCACCGAACCCGUUGGCACGCGGCCGAGAGGAGAGAUUGCGGAGAUUAUCUGCGAGUGCGGUUCUGGGGGGUCUGGCGGGGGCUGGGAAAAGGGCAGGAGGCGGUGAGACGGACGCCGCCGCCAUGAAGAAGAUCUUCGGCUUCCGGACCAAGGGCCCCGUGCCCCUCGGUUCCUCCGGGGGCGCCCGGCCCCGGCGGAGCAGCGCGGGUUUUGGCAGCGGGACUGCGAAGAACCCGGGGGCGCCCGGGUACUCCGUCCACGACAAGGAUAUGGGAAAGAUCCACAAGGCGGCCAGCGUGGGUGAUGUGGCCAAAGUACAGCACAUCCUUCUUCUGGGGAAAAAUGGUCUGAACGAUAGAGACCGAAGGAACAGGACUGCCCUGCACUUUGCCUGUGUCUUUGGUCAUUCAGAAGUGGUGACUCUCCUUGUAGAGAGAAAAUGUGAGAUUGAUGCCUGUGACAAUGAGAACAGCACAGCUCUAAUUAAGGCUGUACAGUGCCAAGAAGAAGAAUGUGUCACCAUUCUGCUGGAACAUGGUGCCAAUCCAAAUAUUCCAGAUGCCAGUGGCAACACUGCUCUGCACUAUGCUGUAUAUAAUGAGAACAUACAAAUAGCAGCCAAACUAUUUGCACAUGAUGCAGAUAUUGAAGCAAGAAACAAGGAUGAUCUCACACCACUUUUAUUGGCACUAAGAGAAAAGAAACAGCAAAUCGUGGAAUUUUUCAUAAGAAAUAAAGCAAAGACUUGUGCAGUUGAUGAGCUGGAAAGUAAAAGGCAAGUAUUUUCUGACUGUGAAGAAAAGAGACUUAAAAAUUCUGAAAAUGGACAUUCAGACGAUGAAAUUUCCGAAGAUGAUUCUUUAACCAGGCUUUCCAACACACCACCUGGUCCUGGUGACCCCUGGCCUUCAUCAGAUGAAGAUGACUAUGAUUUUGAUAAUAAGAAUGCUCCAAAAGUAAACUUAAAAGAUCUAUGGACUGCAGCACAACAAUCCAGGAAAAAUCAAACAAGAUGUGACUUUAGGAAAGUAGAAACCAGAACUUUGUUUGACAACAAUAAUUCUGAUAAUGAAAAAGAAGAUGUGGUUGAACUCCUUCCUAAAACAUCAGUCAAAGUCCAGAGCUUUUCUCUUCCUUCCUCUUUAUCACCUGAUCCCAUGGAAGGAAAAACUGAGCCAGCAAUUGGAAAAGGAGAGAAUGACACUAAUAUUAUUGAGAGUGCUUCACAAGAGCUAGUGAACAAUGACAACUUAACUCAUGUUGAUGGAAGGCACAGAAAUAAUAAAACUGAAAUGAUGUCUGCAUUGGGAUUAGGAGAUGAAGAUGAAGACUCACCUUGGGAUUCUGAGAGUGUCUCUGAGAGUCUUCCACUAAAAUGUGCUGGUUAUUUAUCUGGGGAUGCAGAUCCCAGAGGGAAAAAUACAGUAAAUGAACAAGUAGAAGAUAUGGUUUAUAUACCUUCUUGUAUGAGUGGAUCAAGAAACUUUAAGAUGGCUAAACUAGAGGAUUCAAGAAAUGUAGACAAACGAGUAGCUCCCAUGGAGUCUCUGGAGAAGUAUCCUCUCUUGAAGACGACCACUGACAUGAAAUCUCCUCCAAAUAAAGACGUAGGAAGGAACACUAUCCAAACAUUUGAAAUAGCAGAACAAAACUUAGAAAUAACAUCAGAGUCUGAAGAAGAAAGGCUUAUUGCCAAUGAAAAUAACCAGCUGCAACAGGUUGAAGGAAAAAUGAAUCUCAAAAGUAAGGAAAGUCAAUUGUCAGCAAAUGUAUAUAAUAUUGCUUCCUCUGCUACCAAUGAUGAUGAGUUAAAUCAAGAAAGAAAGAGCACAAAAACUGAUAAACAACAAUUUCCUUUUAAGGACAAUGAAAAAUAUGAUGGUAGUGGUACUGCCUUGCAUAUGAAGAAAGUAAAGAAAAUGGAAAAGGAAAAAUGGACCUCCAGAGAAUCUAUGAUUAUGCUCAUGUGUGAGAAGUCUGGUUUAGGAACUGAUGGUCUACUAUAUGUGAAGGAUGAAAAAGAUCAGGAUGAAGGAAGACCUACAAAGAAUGCACAUAAUGAAAACAACAAGGUCAAAAACCCAAUAAAUGAAAUGGAUGAUUUUGAUGAUGACUUAACUCAGUCAUCUGAAACAGUGUCUGAAGAUUAUGAUCUGCCUCAUCCCACUUAUGAGAAUAUUGUGCUGCUAAUCGAGCAACUUAGAAUGGAGUGUAAAGAUUUUGUUAGCUUAUUGAAAAUCCGGGAUGCAGUUCAUUCGUAUAAAAGAUGGAUUGAACUGAAAAAAAGUCAAUGUGAUGAACUUUCAGGAAAAAUUAAAAGAAUGGAAAUCAGAAUUAGAGGACUACAAAAGGAGCUGUCAGAGAUCAAAGAAGAAAAAUCACAGUUAGAACAUGAGAAAGUAGAAUGGGAACAAGAACUCUGCAAAUUGAGAUUUGCCUUAAAACAAGAAGAGGAAAAGAGAAAAAGUGCGGAACAGUUUUAUGAAAAAAUUAAGGACCAGUUAAGAAAAAGCGAAGAGCAGUAUAAUAAAGAAGUUGAAAUGAAGCAACAACUUGAAGUCUCUGUUAGAACACUAGAUAUGGAAUUGAAGACUGUGAGAAAUAAUUUGAAUCAGGUUGUAGAGGAACGGAAUGAUGCUCAGAGGCAACUUUCUCGAGAGCAAAAUGCCAGACUAUUACAAGAUGGGAUCCUGGCAAAUCACCUUUGCAAACAAAAGGAAAAAGAAAUGAUGCAAAAGAAAAUGAAUGCUGAGGUUUCUUUUAGUCAUGAGAAAGAAAAAGAUCUGUUGCAUACAAAUCACAGGUUACAGGAUGAAAUUGCCAUGGUAAGACUAGAAAUAGAUACAAUAAGAAGUCAUAACCAGGAAAAGGAAAAGAAGUAUCUUGAGGAUAUUGAAAUUGCAAAUGAAAAAAAUGAUAACCUUCAAAAGACAAUAAAACUAAAUGAAGAAACCUUGACAAAAACAGUAUUCCAGUACAAUGGACAGAUUAGCAUUCUCACAGCUGACAAUGCAAUGCUAAAUUCCAAACUGGAGAAUGAAAAACAAAACAGGGAAAGACUGGAGACAGAAGUUGAAUUGUACCGCACUAGACUGGCAGCUGCUAUCAAUGACCAUGGUGAAAGCCAGACAUCAAAGAAAGAACUGGAACUGGCUUUCCAGAGAGCAAGAGAUGAGUGGUCUCGCUUACAAGAUAAGCUGAAUUUUGAUAUUUGUAACCUAAAAGAUAACAACGAAGUUCUUUCCCAGCAACUUUCUAAAGCUGAAAGAAAAUUCAAUAGCCUAGAAACCGAACUAUAUCACACAAAAGAUGCUCUUCGAGAAAAGACUUUAAUUUUAGAACAUAUACAAAUAGACCUGACCCAAACCCAGAGCCAAAUGAAGGAAAUUGAACACAUGUAUCAAAACGAACAAGGUAAGGUAAAUAAGUAUAUUGGAAAACAGGAAUCUAUAGAAGAGAGGUUAUCUCACCUACAGAGUGAAAAUACCUUGCUUCGACAGCAAUUAGAUGGUGCUCACCACAAAGUUGACAGUAAAGAAAAGACAUUAAUUAAUAUCCAAGACCAGUUUCACGAUAUCAUAAAAAAACUCCAAGCUGAAAGUGAAAAGCAAAGUCUCAUGCUUGAAGACAGAAAUAAGGAGUUAAUCAAUGAAUGUGAUCAUUUAAAAGAACGAUUGCAUCAAUAUGAAGAUGAGAAAGCAGAAAGAGAAGUAGUUGUGAGACAACUUCAACAAGAACUGGCUGAUACUUUAAAAAAACAAUCUAUGUCAGAGGCUUCGCUAGAGGUUUCCUCACGUUACCGCCUUAAUUUGGAAAAUGAGACCCAAGAUUUAAGGAAGAAAUUAGAUCAAAUUAGAAGUCAACUGCAAGAAACCCAAGAUCAACACACAGAGGCUGUUCGAUGUUCUGAGAAGAUGCAAGAUCAUGUUCAAAAACUUGAACUUGAAAAUUCCAAGUUAAAAGUUACAUUAAAAAAGCAAUCAGGGAAAAUCGAAGAGCUUAAGAAAACCCUGUUAAAUGCAGAUUUGUCUGAAGACAAAAAGAAACAAUUAAAGAGACUUACUGAGCUGAAACAAUCUCUUGAAGACACUUUGGAUCAAGAAAAGAAGAGAAGUGGUGAAUUAGAAAAAGAGCUAACUGGAUUUAAGAAACUUUUUAAAAUGACAAAAAAGAAGUUAAAUGACCAUGAAAGUGGGGAUUUCAGUCUCCUUGAAGAUUUAAAAAGCAGUCAAUUUGAAAUGGAUAUUCCAGCUAUUAUGCUAAUGCAGAAGAUUGAUGAUCUUACAGCAAAACUAGAAACUGCAUCUUCUAAAUGUCUACAUCUGGAUAAAAAAAAUCAGUUUCUUCAGCAAGAGUUAUUGUCUAUGAAAACUAUACAAAACAAAUGUGAAAAACUAGAGAAGAAUAAAAAGAAGUUGGAACAACGAAUAGUAAACCUCAAAAGUCAUAUAGAAAACAAUAUGAUGGAAAAUGGUCAAGUAGAACAGUAUACACGGGAGAUUGAGGAAAAAGCAAGACAGGAUUUAGUGGAUAAACUAAAACAAGUCAAUCUGUUUUUACAGACACAAGCAGCAUCUCAAGAAAAUUUAGAGCAGUUAAGAGAGAAUAAUAACGCUUCAGUAAGAAGUCAGAUGGAACUCCGGAUUAAAGAUCUAGAGUCUGAACUCUCUAAAAUGAAAACUCAAGAUGAUUUUAAUAAAAUUGAAAUAGAAAAAUACAAGCAGCUCUAUCUUGAAGAAUUCAGAAGUAGAAAAUCAUUGUCAAACAAACUAACCAAGACUAAUGAGAGACUGGAGGAAGCCAACACCAAACUUUAUGUGGAAGAACAGCAGAACAGAUCAUUACUAAGCACACUCAGUGCACGGCCCAUCCUGGACUGCCCUUGUGUUGGAAAUCUUCAUAAUACUUUGGCACUCAACAGAAGUUUUAUUCCAACCGAAAGCUUAGUGCUUCCUACCUUGACCUCACAACCAUCGAGUAAGAGCAUGGAGAACUACUUGACCAAGGUGCAGCAGGAGUUAGAAAAAAGUAUAACUAGAGAACUAAAGGAAGCUGCUGCUGAGCUUGAAUCUGGAUUCUUUAGAGCCUCUCCCCUAGGAUCUACUCCUAAAUCAAGUCAAAAUCUCAAGUCAGAAGCAUCUCAAGGAUAUAUAGAGAUUCUAAAGAAGAAAUACAUGAUCUGAAAUGUGACAUUUUAUUUAUUGGACUGUUUCUAUAACAUUUUAAUUGUACUCCAUUAAAUAAUGUGAAAACUUUACUAAAGGAAAAUAUUUUUAAAUCAUACAUUGUAUGAUCAGAAUUUAUAUAAUAGUUUUAUAUAAUUAACUUCUAGGCAGCUUUUGAAGUGAAAACUAAGCACCAAUGAGUUUACAUACUCAAACUGACCCAAAGCCAAGCAACCAGUUGUCAUUAAUUCUUUAUUGAAAUAAAACAUUGCUUUAGUA